AAGUUAACUGCUAACCUACCCGUAAAGCAUCACCAAUCCACUCAAACUGAACCUUUAACUGAUGAAAAAGCCUUAGAGAUAGAAGAACUAAAAGCUCAAAUAAAACAAUUAAAACAAGAUUACCGUUCAGAAAUGCAAACUAAGCGCGAGCAAAUUACUAACUUACAAGCCCAAAUUAAAGAAUUAGCCAAAAGACCUUUAAAACCCACUAACUCAAAAGCUACUCAAACGGAUGAAUUAACUACCCUUGACCAGCUGAUUAAAGAUAUCCAAGAACUCAAUAACUCCCUAAAUUAA